AUGUUGUCGAUCAAAGCUUCUCGGUGCUCGCCACUGCUUCGUUCGUCGCGCCGACAAUUCUGCAGCGAUGUGGCCCUCGACGAAUGGAUAGCGUCCCCCAAGCAAUUAGUUAUGCGAGAUACAUUUCAUCGGGAACGCGUCUCGGACCUGUACAUCACUUUACCAACCCGCGAUGGUACAAGGCGUCAGUGGACCGAGCCUAAAGACGGCGCACCACUAGGUUACGGGCACCACCUCGCUUUCUUCCACCCCCGUAAUGCCGAGGCUAACCUGCGCAAAGACGGAACCGACGCAGAAUUCUGCCCACCCGAGCCGUUCACGCGGAGGAUGUGGGCUGGAGGGAAGAUCAGUUGGAACACGGAGAAGCCAUUGCUCAUCGGUCGGGCAGCCACGGCGACGUCCACAAUAGGCUCCAUCGAAAAGAAGGGAUUUGAGAAGGGAUCACCGAUGCUUUUCGUCACACAGAGGAUUGCUGUGAGAAUGGACGAGGAAACGGAGAAUAGUGUCGAAGAGGAACGGGUUCAUGUCUAUCUCCCCAUUGCAACAGGAAGCAGAACUGGCGGCGCGCACACGCCCAGGAAAGUGAAGGACGCGCCAGUAUCGCCACAUGACUUCUCGUUCUCAUAUACCCCAACGCCUACAACACUCUUUCGUUUCUCCGCUCUGACAUUUAAUGGGCAUCACAUACAUCUAGAUAAAGAGUACGCCCGAAGUGAAGAAGGUUACCCAGAACGCCUUGUCCACGGACCUCUCACCGCGCUGAUGCUCCUCGAAUCGCUUGGGUUCAGUGGAGAGAAGGAUGCACAGUUGAGAUCUCUCGCAUAUCGAGCGCAAAACCCUCUCUUCGUCAACAGUGAACUAACUCUUGCUGGGAGCUGGGAGAAUGCAAAGACGGCGAAGGUGUGGUGUGUAAACCAAGAUGGUGUAGUGGGUAUGACUGGGACGGUGGAAUGUGUCUAA